AUGAUGAAGAGGAUGACGACGAGCAUGUUGCGGGCUCUCUUGCUACUCCAGGCGUUGUACACAACAACAGCCUUGCCCGAAAAAUUACCUACAGACUUACGAUCUCGUCUCUUCUCUACCAUCUAUCAAUUAGUGGCACCUACUAGACCAUGGCCAGCUCAAUUUCUUAUUGGCCAACACUACAGUGAGAAACAAGCACAAGCACAACAAUCACAAGCACAAGCGCAACGAGAAAAGGAUAAUAAUGAUAGCGAUCCGGACGAAAGACGACGAAACCCCGACAGGCCAUUUCCAAUAGCUCCAGGUCUUCCAGCAAAUGGUGCCCAAUUCUGGCAGCUAGAAAGGUACACUUCGUACAACGUCGAGAUUGAUCCCUUGACCACAACAAACUUUACGGGAACUCUAGUGGGGGUAGACAGAGUCCCAAACCUGUCGAGUGGAGAACAUCUUGUCGUGAAACUGACAAACUCUCUAAUGGACUAUUACAUCAUGUACAAUCACACAUCACUGGCCGCGAACGUUAACGAGCAUAUGAACGAGUCUGUCACGAUAACCACUACCAAAACAACAACAACCGCCAGUGAUGCGAACACAUUUUUGGUGGCAACGCUCGCGCAAGGUGCUUCUACCACAUUUUCCAACUGGGCUGGAACGACAGAAUGGGUAACCGUUUCAGUGAUAUCUAUAGAUGCGAAUGCUCCACAUGGUGGCAAUGCUCAGAUUGAGGUAUCGAGCAGUAAAUUGGCGGCUGUGGCAGCGGCAGCAACUACCGAGGAGGAGAGGCUACGACAAUUGCAAGGUGUUACCAGUACGAGUGCACCAACCUCCGGACCUACUAGUGCACCAACAUCAAGUCCCACCUUUGCUCCAACCACUGGACCUACGAGUACGCCCACAAACGACCCAACAUCCGGUCCAACGACUGGACCGACGGAAAGUUUGAGUCCCUCCUCUGGACCAACCUCAGGGCCAACCACUGGACCUACGGAGAGUAUGAGGCCUUCUCCUGGACCAACAUCCGGGCCAACGAGUGGACCUACAAGUGGUCCAACGAGUGCACCAACAUCAAGUCCCACCUUUGCUCCAACCAGUGGACCUACGAGUACGCCAACGAACGACCCAACAUCUGGUCCAACCGUUGGUCCAACGAGUGGCCCUACCUCGGGUCCAACCUCAGGGCCUACAGAGAGUUCAAGGCCCUCCUCUGGGCCAACAUCAGGGCCAACGAGUGGACCUACUUCUGGACCAACAUCAGUCCCAACAAGUGAGCCUACUUCUGGACCUACUUCUGGUCCGACUUCUGGACCUACCACUGAACCUACCUCGGGACCCACAUCUCGACCCACAAGUGGACCCACGCCGCUGCCCACAUCAGGGCCGACAAGCGGACCAACCUCUGAACCUACUUCUGCUCCCACCUCUACUCCGACAUCAGGUCCAACGAGUGUACCAACCAGUCGCCCAACCUCUGGUCCCACAUCAGGACCAACCUCUGGGCCAACUUCAGUGCCGACAAACGGCCCUACCUCCGGACCAACAUCGAUGCCAACAAGUGGACCUACUUCUGGACCAACAUCAGGACCAACGAGUACACCUACUUCUGCACCAUCAUCUGGUCCCACAAGUGGUCCUACUUCUGAGCCGACCUCUGGGCCUACUUCUGGACCUACAUCGAUUCCAACAUCAAGGCCUACUGCCGGACCAACGACCAACAGCUGUACCAACUAG